AUGUCUGAGUAUUGGAUUUCUACUAAGAAACAUUACUGUGAAGUCUGCCGAUGUUGGCUUUCAGGACACUCACAAAAUGUUAAGAAACAUGAAUCGAGCAAUCGCCAUAUAUCAUCAUUACGGAAUAAAAUGAUAACAUCGCAUAAAAAGAAGGUUGAAGAACGUAGACAAAAGGAGUUUGAAGCAGCAGAAAUGGAACGGUUGAACGCCAUUACGCUUGAGGAUCCCACACCUGCUGAGCCUUCCAACAAACUCCCCUUUAUGGAUAGUAUGUUUCAGUAUGGACCCUUGGUACAACCUAUUACUGAUUUUGAGUCUGAGAAAAGGAGAAUUGAACAGGCAAUUCAUAGAAAGUUACAAGGAAUUGAAGAACCACAGACUGAACAGAAAAAGGAUACUAUUAAAUAUAUUGGCAUAUCUCUUUGUAUAGGAUGGAUCGCUACCAUUGAUCAGGAAGAUGGAACCUUGAUAUUUUGUGAUAGAGUGACCGGGUUAAUAACAAAGAAAAAGCCAAAGGAUUUUGAUGGAGAAUUACCCUCUCAGGCUUAUCUUACCUCAAAUUGGGUAUUGAAAUAUGAUCCAAAUAAAAGAAGCAAAUAUUAUCAUAAUGUACAAACAAAUGAAGUUCGAUGGUUAGAUGAUCCUACUCCAUCAAUUCAUACACCUAUUACUCCACUACCAAAUUCCAUUACAACUACAAGUACACAAAAAUCUGUAGAUACUACUGUUCAAAGUAAUAGAGAAGAAUCUAGUGUUAAGUCAGAGGAAAGGAAGGAUAACAUAGUAAUAAAUGUAAAAGAAGAAAAAAAGGAGGAUAAAAAAUUAAUAAAAGUCAACCUCAAACCCAUGAACGCCUCUAACAAUGUAGAAUAUCAUAGUAAUAAGGUUGAUGAUACGGGUGAUAAGGAUGAUGGAAUUAAAAAAGAAGAUGCGAAUGUAGUUAAAAAGUAUGAUGGGCCUGUAAUAGGUCAGUGGGAAGUUGUUAAUCCAAACGAAAGUGUUUUUACACAUUGUACAGAAAAUGAACAAUUGCUCAGUAAUAAUAAUACUGAAUUCCUUCAACAGGAUUCAAACACAAUGAAUUAUAAUUUUAACAGAGAAUUAUAUAAUGAAAAUGUUGAAAAACCAGUUUACAAAAAACAAACACAAUACAUGGAAUCCGGGCUAACAAUCGGUAAAAGUAAAGAAUCUAGGAAGGUUCUUGACCCAAAUCCUAAUAAAAUUGUUGAAAAUAAAAUCAAUAAGCUUUGUGCAAUCAAUUCUCAGCAUUUUACAGGUAAAUUGAUCUUCAUUGUAACUAAUCUGCCUUUAUUGAUCAGUUAUUUACUUAAUUCGACUUCAAUUCUGAUAAAUAAUGACUUGGAUUAUGGAAAAUUAUUGCCAGACGACUUGCUGAAAAUAUUUGAAAUAUUGAGUAAAAAUCUGUAUUAUAAUGAGAAAAUUUUUUUCUUAUUAUUCAAAGCUGUUUUGGAUAAGGUCGUUUAUUUUAACACAGAUGAACUUAUUUCAAUGUUGACACAGAUAAAUAAGAUUUCUACAUUUUACUGCCCUAGUGAUAGUGCCAAUUCAGCAUCAGAUGGCACAGAACUAAUAUUAAACAGUCCUACAAAUCCAAAACCGGACUCUCAGAAAGUAAUAAAAAGAGUAUUAGAAGUCCUAGAAAAUAAACUAAAGUAUAAAGAAGAAGAUUUCCUUGCUGUAAAUAUUCUGAGUGUUGUUAAUAAAUUAUCUCAUUUUGGUUGUUGGAACUUAUCAAGUUUCCUGUCCAACUCGAUUGUUAACAAUAUUGAAUCAAACAGUAGUGAUACUAGUAAUUUUCCAGAAAGUUUAAAUAUAAUACUGGAUAACUGUAGUUUGAAGAUAAUUGACAUCAUUUGUUCAAAUCCACAACUAACUUAUGGUGAUAAUAACUCAAAUUUAGAGUUAUUCAAAAAUAAGAAGUUGUUGUUAUCUUACUAUUCAGCGGGAGAAUUGAGUACUCUUCCACUACUCAUUAACACGGUUAAUAAUGACCAAAACUCUAGGGGUGUGUCAUCUCUGGAAUUGGAUACUUUAUGCAGAAUAAUUAAUAGAAUAUAUAAAAUACUAAUAAAAUCAGAAGAACAAUUGUACAAUAUUGAAUCAAACUGCUUGAAUUCUUCAUUAAAGAUUUACUUCAAACUAUUUUAUUGCACCAAGUUUUUAAAUCUUUCACAACGGGAACUUAUUUACGACACCCUAUUCAAUAGGGUCAAAAAGCACUUUAUUCCCAAAUUGAACUCCCUAAAUUCUAAGAAUCAAUGUUAUUUAGUACUCCUCCUAUCGCAAUAUGUCAAUAACAAUACAGCAAACUUGUAUUCUUCCACUGAACAAAUAAUUAAAGCUGUCAGAACAAUAAACCGUAACAUUUCAAACCAAUUGAAUUUGUCAAUUAUGGAUAAAUUAACAGUAAGUAAUAAAAGCCACAUAAAUUUAUAUAGGUGUUGGAGAGUUGUUAUCAGAAAUUUGGGUACGUCAACCAUUUCACGGCCAAAAAAUUUAUCAACUCCACAUUAUCACAGUUUCCAAGGAACCCAAUUGAUUCACUUCUCAUUAAGAGAACAUCCUCAUUCUCAUCUAAAGUCUUUUUUAAUCCGUUCCUUAAAUCGUCAAACAAUUUUAAAAAUGAUAGAUUCUACUGCAAAUUUGACAUUAACAGUGUAA